AUGGGAUUGAGAGUCGAAGGUACCGGUUUUGGUAGUGGGGAGUUGUUUGAGUGCAUCGACUCCACCAGAAGCUUCAUUGAGGAUAAAACGAGACACGUCAGCUUCGAUAAUUAUUUCCGUGGGUCUACACCGAUAAGCGGUUGCGCUACACCAGAUUCAGUUCGGUGCGAAGACGAAACGGAAGCGCUGGCAAAAGGUGUCAUCGAGAGUUUGUUCUCUGGUGUAGCGAUCACACCCCUUACUCCGGCGCAGGACUUCAAGGACGAACUGCGUAAAGUGACAACGUCUAAGCAGAACAAGGCGGUACGCAAGUUAUACAUGGACAACUUGACGGAGUGUGACUCUCCAGAAAAGCCAGCCAAAGACCUACUACCGGCCAUGGAUUUGAAAGCGUCUACAGCUGGAGCUGACAAAUUCGAGCCCAUUGUUAGCUUAAUGGAUGUGUCUGGACAGUCCACUUCACAAGCAAAACCCACGGAUAUUGCUCCUUCAAUCCCAGAAGAGCCCGUCGUAACAGGAGAUGACGAUGGUGACUCAUGGGAAAACUUGGAUGACACGAAACUUGAGGAGCAGAUGAGUGCGUUGAAGCUGGAAGUAGCGUCCAAGACGCCACGACGUCCUAUCAACUAUUUCGCUCCACCCGUGGAAGUUGCAACUCCUUGGGAUCCUUUUCUGUUGCCACAUGUCCUUGAAGCGUACGAUGUACCUGAAUACAAGCUUGCUGAAGAUGUGGUGAACGCUUUGGCGGCUACCGACUGGGGUAAUGCCACAGUGAAAUGGUUGGAACGCAAGAUUGUUUUUGUGGUGUUUGCUAGCGAACGCCAAGCACGCGAUGCUUUGGUGCUACAUAAGCAUCAGUGGUUACGAUUACGGCCACUUGCGAAAUCACCAGCACGCGUUCAAGAGAAGGCUCGAGAGAUCCAGGCGCAGUUGAAACCCACAAGGGCCCGUCCCAAAACUAAUGCUGGUGUCGCUCGUAGAAUGGUGGAAAAUACAUUGGGAAUGCGCUCAUCAGUUUCAAAGGAGCAGCGCGAUGCAGAAAGGAAGCAGCUAUCUGAUGCGAAAGGUACUACUGUUUUAAAUGGUGCUUUCUCGGUAGAAUUGGAGAUAAGUUAUGCACGGUAUUUUAUGAGCUAUCUAUGA